GCUCCGGGCGUGGGACCUUCAGGUGCGCGCUCUGCAAGCUCCAGCUUCCGCGCAGAGACUCUGACGCGCCGCGCCGUUGGGAAAGCACAACGGGUUCGGCUCUCCACCCAAGGGCACCGCACGCCCAGCACCCGGCCAUGUCGUCCUGCGCCCGCGUGGCUCUGGUCACCGGGGCCAACAAGGGCAUCGGCUUCGCCAUCGUGCGUGACCUCUGCCGGCAGUUCCCGGGGGAGGUGGUGCUCACGGCCCGGGACACAGCACGGGGUCAGGCGGCCGUGCAGCAGCUGCAGGCCGAGGGCCUGAGCCCGCGCUUCCACCAGCUGGACAUCGACGACCUGCAGAGCAUCCGCGCCCUGCGCGACUUCCUGCGCAAGGAGUACGGGGGGCUCGACGUGCUGGUCAACAACGCGGGCAUCGCCUUCAAGACUGUUGAUUCCACACCGUUUCAUAUUCAAGCAGAAGUGACUAUGAAAACAAACUUCUUUGGCACCCAAGAUGUGUGCACAGAGCUCCUGCCUCUAAUAAAACCCCAAGGCAGAGUGGUGAAUGUGUCUAGCUUUGUGAGUGUCAGCUCUCUUAGAAAAUGCAGCCCCGAGCUGCAGCAGAAGUUUCGAAGUGAGACCAUCACGGAGGAGGAGCUGGUGGGGCUCAUGAACAAGUUUGUGGAAGACACAAAGAACGGGGUGCACAGGAAGGAGGGCUGGCCUGAGACCGCAUAUGGGGUGACGAAAAUCGGCGUCACGGUCCUUUCCAGAAUCCAAGCCAGGAAACUGAGUGAGCAGAGAGGAGGCGACAAGAUCCUCCUGAAUGCCUGCUGCCCAGGGUGGGUGAGAACUGACAUGGCAGGACCCUCAGCCACCAAAAGCCCAGAAGAAGGAGCAGAGACCCCCGUGUACUUGGCCCUUUUGCCCUCGGAUGCUGAGGGGCCUCACGGACAGUUUGUUUCCGAGAAAAAAGUUGUGCAAUGGUGAGCUCACUCACAGUUCCACCCAUGGGCCCGAUUACGUUCCUUUCCCAAUUUCACGGAAAGGACACUUACACUGUCAAGAAUAUCCC